CUCAAUGCGAAGUAAUCUCUUAUGCUCCGGGGGUGGGUGAAAGUGAGUGUUGUACGACCUAUUCCACAGACACACACACAUUUUCGAUUUGGUGCGACGAGCGAUAGGAGCGACACACGCCUCAACAGCACAUAUCAGGCCCCCGAGUGGAAUUAUCCGUCCAGCAGUGACAUGGCAGACCGGAGUGAAGGACGGGACGCGAGCAACACCGAGACCUACGACUGUCCGGAGCCACAGCUGGAGGCGACGCAGGACCUGGAGUUGCUGGCACAGGAGAUCGCCGAGGCUGCCGUUGAGGAGGAGCGAAAGUUGUCCAGAACGCCCUCACCCUCCCCGCCAGCCUCGCCGCCGCAUUCCUUCGAGGAGGCGGAGGCUGCGACGGAUGACGAGUCGGACGAAGACGAGUCGGAGGAAGACGAGUCGGAGGAAGACGAGUUGGAAGAAGAGGAGUCGGAGGAAGAAACGGACGAUGAUGACCUGGAGUGUGACGACGACCUGACACACUUGGAAGAGGAGUCGAGCGAAAAUCUGAGGUCAAGCAGCCCCGUCGACGAGGCAUCUUGGGUGCUUGUCGAUGCCGCAGACGGCGAGGAAAGUAAAACAGAAUUUCCAGAACAGAAAUUCAGUGUUUACAGAAAAUUCUUGGCACGUGGAGACUUGCGUCAGAAACUGGCGGACUUGGGCUUCACUUGUGACGCCGCCCAACAGGCCUCCGCGCCCGCGGCAAACAGCCAACAGGAACCCGACCUUCAAAACCUGGUGGUGUCCUGCUCCGAGUCCAUCGUCAUCUGUCACCUGCCCCAAGAGGGUGACGGAAAGGAGGAAAGUGCCAGUCAGGUGCUCAUCAAGAACUCGCCGGACGCGCCCAGGAUACCAAGCUGGAGGGGAACCGUCUCGGAGGGCACGGUGUCGGUGGAGGUGGAGCGGCAGGGCGGCCUCGUGGUGGCGGCCGUGACGGUGAGGCAUCGCGACCUGCUCUCCGCCCUCACCUCCCUCAGGAGCCUCGUAGCGUCGACAGGUCUUGUGUCCUAUGCUGACGUGGACGUGCCAAGCCUGCUGGCCCGUGCCGCCUGAUGACUCCAGCCUUGCCUCCCUGCUGCAUGUGUCCCCCUGCCCCUGGCCAGCCUGUAACUCCACCUACAGCCUCACACACGGGAGUUGUGAUGCCUUAUUAUCGUCGUCAGUCAAUCAGUCUUUCCGCAGUACCGUCACCCGCUCGGCGACCCCAGACCCGUGGAGUGUUGGUGCCGGCGCUCGACCAAGUAUUAUCCAGCGGCACUCAUCCCGCCGUGGCAGUCAGCUUCCUCUUCGGUGCCAAAUGUGCCUUCACUUAUCACUUAAUUAAUAUAUCUAAUUUGUGUGUACUAUAUAUGCAGUUUUUUUUUUGUCAUUAUACCAGUUGUUAGUCAUCAAGAAGAAGCACUGACUCUUUAGUUAUUUUUUCCGUAUUGAAAGUAAGAUUUGAGGCGCUACAGGGCGCCAGGCGGCUGCCACCAUCACAGUCUAGGCACCGUGGGCAUGGUGCACCAGGGCCACGUCUAUAUCCUUUUUCCGGCGAAUAAUGAAAAAAAAUAUCUCUUUCGGAUGUGUUCGUAUACUCGAUCGUGUACGGGAUAAGUUUUCUUCUGUGUACAAAAAAAGUCUAAGCUAUUAUGUCUUUGUUUUUAAUUUGACAUAAUGAUAAGGCAGUUAUAUCAAGCCACUCCUUGCUGAAUGUAAAUACCUGCAGGAAAGGAGCGGAGGCAUUAAUCGUAAUUUAUAAACCUGAACAUCAGCUUUCGACUUGCAGUUCAGUUCAUUACUGUCGUUGUUAACAUUGUUUCGCUAUUAUAAUCACGUCGGCAUGUAUGGGAGGUGUUCUUGUGUCAACACAUUUCAGGGCCACGGCGGCAGCCUCAGUGCCUGUGCGGGGGCGUGGGCACACCCAUGUAUACUGCCUCCUUGUUCCGCUCCUCAGGCUUCGCCGCGCCAUCACUGCCGCCAACAUAUCACGUGUAAUAAUGCCGCAUCCCAACCAAGGGACUCUAUCAGACGUAUUUAUUGUUCAUAGUUUAAGAGGUUGGCAAUCAAAAGACGGCAUACUUGCUCAACGAUAGGCACACUUUUUCGCUCCAAGGGCAAUGUGUGUGCGACAAUAGGUUGUAAACCAAGACAAGUCGAUGUAAGCUGUGAAAAAGUCAUUUGAUGAAAAUAGAUUAGGUUUAUGUUGUUGGAAUUCAGUAAUAAGUGACUGAGUUCAGUGCCCGCUUUCUCUAUCAUGAAGGCGCAUGUAAUUUUAAUCAUGAAAUUAGAUUUCGAUAACGGAUGCAUUAUUCCUCUGCUAUGUCUUUCAUAUUAAGUUACUGUACUUAGAGUACUUAAGGAUGCUUUUAUUGUCCAUUUUAACUUUUUUUUCGCAUAACAAACCCGAAAUUUUGCAAGAAUAAUAUAUUUUUAACAAAUUUUAAUUGAACCCCAAGUAAUUUUUUUUUCAUGUUCGUGUUAAAUUAUCACAAUUUCAAGGUGUGUAAGAUUGUAAAAAGGGAUGGAUCAUCAGUAAUACGUUGAGGAAUCUAUCAAAGCAAAGUUAACUCAUAUUUCUCCCAGAAACUGAUGAAUCCCUUCACAAAGUGAGCGUUAAACCGCCGUUUGUGGUGCACCGUAAUCACCAACAGUCUGCAGCAGAGCCUUGAUGGGGUACUCGGUCCCCUUGAUGAGCUCCAGGCCACCUACGGACACGGGGUCGUUGGUGAUCUUAUCUGCCAUUGACGCUAUCGCCGAGGCUCUGUAUCAGUACCCUGGCUGCUGUGAUUCUAAACUCUCCACAUAUCAGGCCAAGGAGAUCAAUGCCUCCUUGUCUCAAGCCAACAAGCAGCCUGACUUGUUGACCGAAUAUCACUUUUGCCUCUUAUUUUCUAGUUUCGUGUAUUCAGACGAAACCCAAAUCAUCUGUGCCACUUGAGCACAAGAUUAGAGUUGUUAAAUGUUUUCGUGCUUAAAUCCAGUGUCAUUGUGUUGUCCGGUGAGGAACUUCGGUAUAAUAAACUACUCAACAUUCUAGAGGUGAAAUUACAGUGAUGACUUUAUAUUGUACUUUUACCAUAAGACAUUUAUUACGAAUAAGACCUGUGCAGUCUUGUCUUACCUUCAGAAACACGAUGUUUUCAGAUUAACUAUAAUAGUUAAUGACUGCACAAGUCGCCCGUGUGUCGGUCUGUUUUCCCGACACACUGAUGGGUCAGCAACACCGACCUUUUCUACUCUUUUUGCUUUAUUAAGACUCAUUUCCUUUCCUUGUUGACAUCUCGUCGCUUUCUUCCAGAUGUACUUUUACACUUUCUUCAGUCGCUGUGCCUUUUGCUACGGCAAAUAACUUGUAAAUUGUAAAAAUCAUAACAAAAAUAAUAUAUUUUAUGAGAAUAAAAAUACGAAAAUUC